AUGCCGAGCGUCUCAGUCAAUGGCGGAUGGACUUUUAGUAAUAUCGGUCCUAUGACAACGACUUUUACGCCAGCUCCAACCUGCACCAAUAACCUAUUCGUCGGCGGCACUGAAGUUCCUAAUUCUCAAUGGCCCGUAAAUUGCGCGGCGGAUUCCUUUUCGGGAUGUAUACCACCCGGUAUGACGACGACAGCAACUGCUACCACUAGAAACUUGAACUUGCCUUGGGAGAAGGCCUAUUUCUCUCCCGGUAUUUACUGUCCAUCUGGAUGGGCAACAAUGGGCACGGCUGCCCGCGAGACCAACACCAUUAGCUCAUCGGGUGUUCUAACUACACACCGGUAUAAUUAUGGUGACUGGGACAAUCCUGCCAAAAUGUUAGCGAGCAUUCUGGAUACAAGUGAGACACUUGCCAUAUGCUGUCCAAUCUCCAUGACGGUGGACCUUUUUUUCUUCGGCGGAUGUUACUCUGAGAUUGCGGGUUACACCCCCACCGAGGCUUGCUACAAGGAUGCACCUGAAACGGAUUAUGGUGACUACACCAAGACGUUCACCUGGAAUGCUCUCACGGCUACGGAGUAUUUCGGAAUACCUACAGGCACAACCGAGCCCACAGUUACUGAGAUGAUUACCCUGAGUAAGGAAGGUUGGCCAAACUUGAAAGGCUUCUCUGCUAUGCCCAUGGUUACUAUAGUGCAUCAUCAGUCUGAUCUGGAGAUGGCCAAAGCUAGCACAGCUGUAACUACGAGCUCUGUUAGCUCUACCAACCCUGUUUGCUCCACUAGUCUUAUCAGCUCUGGCACAGACACCGUAUCUGGGUUCGGAGUUGCAACUUCUACCUUCAAUGCUGCUGGAAGACUGAGUCCAUCAAGGUCUGCAUGGGAUGGGUUGGGUGUUGUCGCUGGAGUCUCAAUUGCCGCUGCCGCCCUGGGAGGGGCAAUCAUUUUCCUAUAA